CGCUUACUCCGAGCGGGGUCGAUCGGAAGGAGGACUUUCUGAGCUGAUACUCACUUUUUGUGGAGAACGCGAUACGUCCGGACGUAUUCGGUGUAGUAGUCGGUUGACAAACGCGGUUGUCCUCUUCGUCGGUGUUCGAUUUCGUAAUUCCCAUCAAUUUUGGGCGACAUGCGGAUGAUAUUCUCAAUCCUAACAGAGUUUUGCUGAAGUGUGUACAAGUGUUAUUUGUUUGAUGAAACUGUUUAUUUCGUUCAUCUGAACUGACUCAAAGAAAACAACAUUCGAACGGUGUGAACUUCCUUGUUUCGUGUCGAAAUCACGGAUUUCCCGUCUGAACUUUGUGACUCCUGUGAGUUGAAUAACGCAAAGGAGCAUCUCUACAAAAACACGAAAGCAACAAACGAAUCGGUUGAGGGUGGAGAGUCAAAAAUCAAUCGAAUCGAAAACUCGUGUGAUGUUUGUUUUUCAUUUUAUCUGUCAAAAGGGGUUCAGUGUUGAUAUUUGAUUGCGAAAUGUAACCUGCCGACAUGUGAAACAAGGCUGAUAAACAUCUCUUCGUUAUCGUAGAUGUCCCAUGAAAGUGUCCCAAACUACAAAGUGUACGAGAUAAUCACAGCGGAAUGAUUGCAGAAAAGGCGUGAAAUUCCUGUGCAUCUCGCGAACGACCUCCGCGACUCGGUUGCGAUUUUUGUGUAGUGCGUGUAAUUUAGUGCUCCCAGCCGCGAGCGCAGAAGAAAUUUGUGUUAUUUCCGCGUACGAAGAAAUAAUGAAAUGUGGUGCCUAAAGUGCGGUAUGUGAAGUAUUUGUGUUUUAUUUUCACGUCGAGUUGUGUCGAAGCAAAGGAUUCCCACAGUUCGACAGAGUAAAUUAUUAUAACCAGAAUACAUGAAGCAGUCAGAGCGAGAGCAGGACGGUGAUAUAUAAACAAAAGGAGCAAAAUAACACCGCAACGAGUCAACGGCGAAGGAGUGAGCGGAGACGCAUCGAUUUUGACAGAUUCUGAUAUUUUAUGUAAACCUUAUUCAAGAGCACCAAAUUGAUUUCACACUACGAUCGAAACAGAGUGUGCACUCCCCCCGAAAUUCAACAUCGUUAUCUGCGACUGAUGGGCUAGUUGUAGGUCGGGGUGUCAUCAUCAUCAGCAGCAGUCUAAACUGAGUGGAAAACUGCGCCCCCUCCUGUGAGAGAUCAACAAGCAGCACAUUGUGGCCGCAUCUCAUUCUCAUCGGAAGCGCAGCAUCAGCCAGCAGUGAUGGCAAAUUAUCACUAAAUACAACCUGGGAUGCCAUUAGAGCGGACGCCACUCGUGCUAUUUCAUGGAAUUUUGGACGCGCAAUUAGAGAUUCAACGCCGAUAGCGCCCCAACGACAACGACGACAUUGAGGACGCACCGUCCGCGCGCGCGUUUCUGUUAAAAUCCCAACGAAUUUGGCAAUUAAAGCUUGAUGAAGGCAACGAUCGAUCGCAACGAGCGGCCAAAAUGCCCAUUAGUCGCUUCUGCUCCUGCGACUCCAACUGGCCAACUCAAAAGCUAGUCUCGUUCAGCAGUAGUGGUGUUGGUGGUGACAACUGCCGGAGUAAUCCCGCUAGUCUAGUCAGCAGUCAGCGAAACGAACGAGACGACCGCGUCCGAUCAUCGGGGUCCGGGGACCGUUUGGAGAAUUUUUGAUUUCCUAUUCCUGGCCGCUCGAAGUGUUUUUUAUUACCCAUGCCGAGAGACGCGUGUUGUGCUUGGAUUAAGGGGAGAACACAAAAUAGCUAAACGCGCGACAAACGACCGGACGACCAACCGAACGACGGCGACGAGGAUUGGUGGGUGCCGUAUCGGAAUGUGCUAUCGAGUCAGUUUUUAUUGAUAGUGUUUAGAAAACAAAAUCUAUUAAUGUCGAAGAAGAGAGCGUCACACGGUGAAGAGCGGUGAAUACCUUGACCUCGAAGUUUUGCGUGGGAGGGUGACUGGACUGGUUAGGAAGCGCGAACCCUCAUUGAAGUGCGAUAAGUGAGCGAAGAUUGACGUGAUCCCGGAAGAGCUCUAGUCUCGACAGUGUGGCUUUAAGGGACAACAUUCCACGGUCUGAUCCGACCCAUCAACAACAGAAGCAGCAGCAGCUCAUCUCGCAGUAGAAUGUAUUUCAAAAUUACAUCACGUUCAUAGGAUUAAUCAUCACACAAACAAACAAACACACAGAAAGCCGUGUUAUCAUCACCAGCGAAAUCAAAAACAAGUUGUUAGCAGCGCCGCAGCUUGCGGGACGCGCAAAAACGAACGCGAUACCUACAAAGGCAAAGAAUAGUCCUUUCGGUGUGAGUAGUUAUCUCGCACCAUGAAAGGAUCCGACUCUAGCACAAAACUAUGGAGCGCCUCGUCUUCGCCAUCAGCCAGCAGCCACGAUCUGACGACGACCAGCGACAACCAUCACCACCGCCACCUCCACCACCACCAUCAGCAUACGCAACAGCAGCAACAGCAGCUGUUCCUGCCUAUAGCUAUGAAUACCCUGAACAGCAACAGCAACAACCCGCACACGGGAAGUGGUUCUACACUGCACCUGCUGGAGGCCGGUACCGACAGUCCGGGUCCGGGUGGUGGAGGCGGAGGAGGAGGUGGAACCGGAAGCGGUGGACUAAAACUAACGACCAGCUCAGCUUCAGCUGACAAAGUCGACCACAAGAGCAACGGGUACGCAGCGAUGCGCUCCUCGUCUUCUUGCACGAUCUACGGCUUCAAUGGCCGCAGCGGCGCUGGAAGUGGUGGGGUUGGUGUAAAUAGUAAUCAUUUCACAAACGGCCAUAGCAGUACUACCAAAACCAGCAGCGGUAGCGGCAACGGCAGCAGCAGGAGUAGCAGUAGUAAUAAGAGCUAUUAUUUCUUCGGUAGCGGCAUCGGAUAUUCCGGCUGCGGAGGCCACCAUCACCACAGCGUGAGCGGUGGGCCCGGAAGUGCAAACAUUUUCGCGCGGUGCUGCAUAUACCUGACCAAGGGACUGAACCUGCGGAUAUGUGCCGUCGCGCUGGUGAUAGUAACGAUAUUCUCCAUGCUGUAUUAUAACUACUAUAUGGACAGCUCGCCGAUAGCAAGCUUUAUGCAUCGUGAUACUCGGCCCGCCCCACUGAUCCACUGUCGAAUGCUAAACGGGAAAGCCGCCAUCGAAGCCUCCCCCGCGCCGGACCAUCGCUCCGAAGCCCGGCUUCGGAUCGACCCCAAGGUCUUGGUGUUUGUCGAAACAACGUACUCCCGCCUUGGGCGGGACAUCGCCGAGCUACUCGUGUACAACCGGAUCAAAUACAAAAUCGAGGUCGCCGGAAAGAAUGUCCCGGUGCUGACGAUCCAGGACAAGGGCCGAUACGGGGUGAUCGUGUUUGAGAACCUCGAGAAGUACCUCCAGAUGGACAACUGGAACCGGCAGCUGCUGGACAAGUACUGUCGGGACUAUUCGGUGGGGAUUAUCGGAUUCGUGGCACCGAGCGAGGAAACGCUAGUGGGUGCCCAGCUGCGGGGGUUUCCACUGUUUGUGCACACAAAUCUGCGGCUACGUGAUGCCAGCCUCAAUCCGGGAUCACCCGUGCUACGGCUGACUCGUGCGGGAGACACCGCCUGGGGACCUCUACCGGGCGGGGAUUGGGCUAUUUUUCAGCAUAACCACAGCUCGUACGAGCCGCUGGAGUGGGCUCAACGAAAUACUCAGGACUAUCCGACGGAUGGAUUGAUCCAACCGCCGCUGGCUACGGUCGUGCAGGACCACGGACGGGUUGAUGGCAUACAGCGGGUGUUGUUCGGGGCGGGACUGAAAUUCUGGUUGCACAGGUUACUGUUUUUGGACGCGUUGUCCUACCUAAGUCACGGCCAAUUGAGUUUGAAUCUGGAGCGGAGGAUACUGAUCGAUGUUGAUGAUAUUUUUGUAGGAGAGAAGGGCACACGAUUGAAACCGGAUGAUGUGCACGCACUGAUUGCCACCCAGAACCGAAUAGCGGGGAUGGUUCCAGGGUUCAGAUUCAAUCUGGGCUUUUCGGGAAAGUAUUUCCACCAUGGAACGCACGAGGAAAAUCUGGGAGACGAUAUGCUGCUACGAAACGUGCAUCACUUCAAUUGGUUUUCGCACAUGUGGAACCAUCAGCAGCCACAUCUGUAUGAUAACAUAACCACCCUGAUGAACGAUAUGAUGUUAAACAAAGACUUUGCCAAGGAGAAGGGCAUUCCGACGGAUUCUGGGUAUUCCGUUUCGCCGCAUCAUUCCGGAGUAUAUCCAGCGCACGAGUUGCUCUAUAUGGCAUGGAAAAAAGUGUGGAACAUUAAGGUAACUUCCACCGAAGAAUAUCCCCAUCUUCGGCCAGCCCGGCUCCGGCGGGGCUUCAUCCAUCGUAACAUAAUGGUUCUUCCGAGGCAAACUUGUGGCCUCUUCACCCACACAAUGUACAUCGAUCGCUACCCGGGCGGACGCGAUAAACUCGACGAAUCCAUUCAGGGUGGAGAAUUGUUCCAAACGAUCGUUUACAAUCCGAUAAAUAUUUUUAUGACACACAUGUCCAACUAUGGUAGCGACCGGCUUGCCCUGUACACAUUCGAGUCCGUUAUCAAAUUCCUCCGCUGUUGGACCAAUCUCAAGUUGACUUCCGCACCGCCCUUGCAGCUGGGGGAAACCUAUUUCAAACUCCACCCGGACGAAACGGAUCCGAUCUGGGGAAAUCCUUGCGACGAUUCCCGUCACAUCAAGAUUUGGUCGCGUAACAAGAGCUGCGAUACUCUUCCCAAAUUUCUUGUGAUUGGUCCACAGAAAACGGGAACCACUGCCCUGUACACGUUUCUGAGUAUGCACCCAUCGGUGGCGAGCAACCUGCCCAAUCCGGACACCUUCGAGGAGAUCCAGUUCUUCAAUGGGAACAAUUACUAUCGAGGGUUGGAUUGGUACCAGAAUUUCUUCCCCGUCCAGCCGAACGGAACCGGUGGGCGGUACAUGUUUGAGAAAUCCGCGACCUAUUUCGACGGGGAGCUGGUUCCCAAGCGAGCCCACGCAUUGCUUCCACACGCCAAACUAGUCACCAUAUUGAUUUCACCCGCGAAACGAGCUUACUCCUGGUAUCAGCACAUCAAGGCGCACGGAGAUCCGAUAGCGAAUAACUAUAGUUUCUAUCAGGUCAUCAUGGCAAGCGAUUCGGCGCCGAAACCGCUGCGUGAUCUACGCAACCGUUGUCUCAAUCCGGGCAAAUACGCCCAGCACUUGGAGCGAUGGCUUGCGUACUAUCCACAGCAGCAGGUGCACAUAAUCGAUGGUGAACAGCUGAAAUCCAACCCGGUUGAGAUUAUGAUGGAGUUGCAGCGCUUCCUCAAGCUUUCGCCCACCUUCGACUACAGCGAGCAUCUCCGCUUCGACAAUAAGAAGGGCUUCUACUGCCAGAUCGUGAACGAGAACAAGAACAAGUGUUUGGGCAAAUCGAAGGGCCGCCAGUAUCCACCAAUGGAUGAGAAGAGCUCCAAGUGGCUGCAGAGGUACUAUCAGAACCACAACAGCGCCCUCAACAAGCUACUGAAGAAGCUCGGUUCCAGACCCAUCCCUCAGUGGCUGAAGGAUGAUCUCUCGACGACUUCCUAACAGCAGCAGCAGCAGCAGUCAAUAAUGAUACAAUGCAUUCAACGAUAGUCACAACCCCCCUGUAGGAUAUAAGGCUUUAAGUCAGUUCCCCUGUACAAACUAAAGAGAAACAAAAAGCAUAAGCAACAAAGAUUCGGAUGUUUUACUAGUAUUAGAAUCUAUAGUAUUUAGGUGCCGCGAAAGUAAAAAAACAAGAGUGAAUCGAACGCACGCUUCAUGCUAACGUGUGUAACCGACUCGGUAAGAUGCUGAACAUAUUAAGUAAGCUUCGGAUGUUUUAGUUUGAUAAGUGAAACUGUUAUUAUCAUUCCUUGCUUCGAAAUGAAGCAAAUCUGUAUUCGUUUCACGCAUAAAAUAAUGUUCAUAGGUGCGUGCAUGUGUGUAUAAAAAACAGGUAGCUUACUGACCAACUAACUAUUUCGUUUACAAUGAAAAUAGGUACGAGCUUAAUUGAAUAGAUCAAAAACAAAGUAUUGAUUAAGUUCACAAUUUUGCCAAACAGUUUAUUUUUGACUUGGCAUCACGAGCGCGGUUUGUGUCUCGGAUAUAUGCCACAUUUUUCUUAUGCUCACCACCAGAUGGACGUUACAAUUUGCGAGAAAGAACGUUGAAAAGUGGAUGUUAAUUUUGUCCACCUAAAAAACGGGUUUAGUUGUUGCUAAAUAUAUGUAAAUAUACCUGUUUAGCUUUAGAGCGUCGAGCCGCCGUCGGCGGUUUCUGUUUCGUUGCCAUAUUUAAUUAACCCUAGGUUAAACUCUCGCUAGUAAUCUUUAGGCUCCCCGUCUCCCAACUUUUUAAGCUAUCAUGUACUUACUCUAAGGCAACACAAAAGGAAUCACAAAACAAUGAGCAUAUACAUUUGUACUUACUGCAAAUAUCUAUUUAAUGCUAAAAAUAAGUAAACAAAACUACUUUACGAUUAAGGAGCAGAAAGGUGCAAAAGUUGUAAACCUGAAACCCGCGCAGAAAAGCAAAAAAUAACAUAUCUAAAAGAGCAACUAAAAAAGGAAAACAAAAAAACAUACGUUAUUCGUCCCAGCGAAACAAAAAUAGAAUGUCUAUUUUUUGAAAACCUAGAAAAAAAAACAAAUAAACGUUGAGAAUAUGAUUCGCUCCUUUGCCCCAUGUAAAAGAUACAAUAUUAGAAACAAAAAAAACAACGGUCUAAGACAGUAUCAUCACAACAAUGUUCAAUUUGGAAUCAAAACCGUUUUGUCGUUCAAGAUACCGCUGGUUUGUGAGUGGACAGUUCAUAACCGGCGAAAGACUUUGGGCAGCUUCAGGAAGCAAUCUCUUUUCGCUACGCGCACGCUGUGUGGAGCUGUAUAUAGUCGUGUUAGGAGAAAAUACGAACAAAAAUGUUAUGAGUAAAAUAAAGCCAAACAAAAAAUCGAGCUGGAAACAUA